AUGGACUGUGGCACCUUGGUCAAGCUGUUGUACUGCUUGAUAUGGAUGGAAGUUUCCAGCCUCCUCAGGUCAGAGAUCAAACUUGCCCACGUGACUGACCACAGCCUGUUAUACUGUGCAGAGUAUACCUGUAAGGACCACUCAUUCUCUUUGCUGCACCAGGCAGACAGCUCCAGCUUGGUGCAAAUAAGAUGCCUGACCAUCUGGUACAUGUCCCCACUCAACAUGGCCCUCCUGCUGAACAACUCGGAGGUGUGGCACAUCAUGCUGUUUAAGUGCAACUCUGUAGGAAGCAGGCCAGCAUUCUUGGAAUAUUUUGCAAUGCAGAAUCUGCAGAGGCUGACUGUGUUGUACCCCUUGUGGCAGUCUGACCAGACACAUGACAUCAUACUGGGGAGGGACAUGGGUGCACCUUAGUAUGAAGAGACCAGGCUAAGAAUCAUCCACAGCUCAGUGCUGCUGGGAGAAUCCAAUGUGAAGGCCUAAACCGUUCAAACAAAUAUAGACAGCAACGGAAUCCUCUCUUGUCUAGAGUGAAACUACCAGAUACUUUUCUAUACUAAUGCAGAUUCCUUUUCUAUGUUAACAUUGCCAAUGUACCACUACCUAUGCCUGUGACUGCAAUCUUCAUGUUCACAAUCUUCAUGGUCAUUUCAAUAUAGUAAGGUCACGAUUCGAUCAUGUAUUUUCACACUUCACUUUUAGAAGUGGGUUUGAUUUGCACAGCAGCAUGUCUCAAAUGGUGCCAUUACUUUUUGUUUCAAAUACAUGUGAGGUAUUUUAACUUAAUUUAGACAGUAAGGAAAUCAGAGGGGGAGACAAGCAGGUGGGAGGAACAGUGAAGGGUGGACACUGGGACUGAACCCUGGUCUCCGAUGGGGAGUGUUAUAUGCGACUUGUGCAAACAGACAUCCGACAGUUUGUACUUAUUUAGUAAUACCUUUCGAGGAAGCAUUUCAAUAACAGCAGUUAGGCUCUUUCCUUUUAAUUAAAGGUCUGCU